GGUGCUUCUCGGCGGGUAGAGGGGUUGCAGCGCUCUUUUGUUUGGCGGAGGUGGAUUGAGCGCGGGAGGCCCGUCGUCCAACCGUCUGUCUUUCUCUCUCGUUCUGUUCCUUUUAAAACUUUUAAACGCCGACCUCCUUUCCCCGGCCGCAGGCUCUUCCUCCGCGCCGCGUUUUGUUGACUGUUUUCCGCUCGUGCGUUCGUGGUGAGGCUGAACCAGCCUCCCUUUAAGCUGCAAAACUGGCGAGCACAAUGGGAAAAAAGCAGAACAAGAAGAAAGUGGAGGAGGUCCUAGAAGAAGAGGAGGAAGAAUAUGUGGUGGAGAAGGUCCUUGACAGGCGGGUGGUGAAAGGCAAAGUCGAGUACCUGCUCAAGUGGAAGGGCUUCUCAGAUGAAGAUAACACGUGGGAGCCCGAGGAGAACCUCGACUGCCCUGACCUCAUUGCGGAGUUCCUGCAGUCCCAGAAAACAGCACAUGAGAGUGACAGAUCAGAGGGAAGCAAGCGCAAGGCAGAGUCGGAUUCUGAGGACAGGGGGGAGGAGAGCAGACCAAAGAAAAAGAAAGAGGAGGCUGAUAAGCCUCGAGGUUUUGCAAGAGGGUUUGAGCCAGAGCGGAUCAUUGGUGCUACGGAUUCCAGUGGGGAGCUAAUGUUUCUGAUGAAAUGGAAGAACUCUGACGAAGCUGACCUGGUCCCUGCCAAGGAAGCAAACAUCAAGUGCCCACAGGUGGUCAUUUCGUUUUACGAGGAGAGGCUGACAUGGCACUCCUACCCCUCGGAGGAUGACGACAAGAAGGACGACAAGAACUAGCCUUCCUUCCCCUCCGUCCCCAUCCCUCUUCUGGCCAACUUUUGUAUUAAAACAUCGAGACUGUGGGUUUGAGCAUGAAACAAGGAAGCAAAGAGGCUCUUGGCUGUGGGGGGAAGGUGCCCUCUGUAGAAAACAGGACAGUUUUCUGUGCCCUCGCCCAGCUUGGCCAUGGCAGCACACUGCUCUUUCCUUCCUUCCUCAUGUCUGUGUGGGGAAGGAGGGGAGGACGGGGGCGAGUCUUUCCCAGCUGUUACUUGCUUGGGGGGAUGAAGCAAAAAAGAACUCCAUGCAGGACGAAGCCUGGGGCCCGGACAGGCUGCCAAACGGAACAGCAGGUGGUGGUGGGGCUGCAUGUUCUGACUUUGCAGCCUUUCUUCCAGAUAGUGUUAACUGAAUUUUUACGGCUUAGCAUGUGUGUAGGCUUUCUUUCUCCUUUUUGCUAUUAUCGGUGUAUCAUGGGGGAGGGGUACUUUCUGAUGACUUUGGGAUGGGAGUAGAAUCAUCCAGGUUCUGUAUCCGGACUUGCAGUUCUUAAGAAAAUACGUGCCUCUUACUGCAAAGAAAAGUGAGAGGUGGGGGGUCUAUCUUAAGUGUUAAAAGUUGAAGAGGUGGCAGCCAUGAAUAGCCACAUUAUUUCCAGCUGAUCUCCUCAAAGUGUCCUCAAAUAUUUGUUUUCCCUCUCCCCCCACCCCACCCCGUACUGAGGGCACUGCUGUUGAAAAUGACCCAGCAAACUCCUUGUAGUGUUACUAAUUCUGCAUCGUUACUUUUAUCCUAUGAAGCAAUUCUGGGGUGCUGUGUCCUUUGUUUUGGUUUCUUUCUUUUUUACCCCCGGAAUGUAUGUGAAUUUCAAACUUUCUUUUAAGAAAAUUUAGUAAUUUUAGGGAAGGAAAGCAGGGAUGAAAUCUACCCCUCUACAGUACAAUGUAGAUUUCAAACCAUUCUGUAAAAGCUAUUUUCUGUUCAGACUUGGGGCAUUACUAGUUGCUUUCCUUGCCCUGGUCCUCUGCUGAUACUUCAUUUUUAAUCAAGUCUUUGUUUUUACAAAUUUUACCUCUGACGUUUGCUCCACAUCCCAGUAAACCACCAACUUCUCCUUCACGGGGUGGUAUGUACGUAGAAAUGUAUUGUAUAAACCUUUUUUAAAAUUAAGCAUGUCUUUUAGGUUUAUGUGAAAAUGCUGUCUAAAACUUAAGUGUUUGGAUUUUAACUUCAUACUGAACUGUCUUUUUGUCUCAAUAAAACUUUAGAUUUAUA